GCUAUGAAAUUUCUGUUGGUUUUUGAUUUUGACCAUACAAUCGUAGAUGAAAAUAGUGAUACCUGGAUUGUGAAAUGUGCUCCUGAGAAAAAACUUCCUAAUGGAUUAAGAAACUCCUACCAGCCAGGACACUGGACAGAAUAUAUGAGCAGAGUCUUUGUCUACUUGGGAGACAAUGGUGUCAAAGAAGAUGAGAUGAAAAGAACUAUGACAACAAUUCCUUUCACUGCAGGAAUGGUAGAUCUUCUGAGUUUUGUUGGCGAGAACAAAGAGUUGUUUGACUGCAUAAUUGUUUCAGAUUCUAAUACAGUAUUUAUUGACUGGAUUUUGAAAGCUGCUGACUUCCAUAAGGUGUUUGAUGAAGUGUUCACAAACCCUGCAGCAUUCAGCAGUACUGGCUAUCUUACUGUGCAGAACUUCCAUACUCACCAUUGUGCAAAGUGCCCUAAAAACCUUUGCAAAAGGAAAGUUUUAAAAGAAUUUCUAGAUAAACAGUUGGAGCGAGGAGUAAGUUAUACACAGAUUGUAUAUAUAGGUGAUGGUGGGAAUGACUUAUGUCCAGUAAUGUUUUUGAAGAAGGAUGAUAUUGCUAUGCCCAGGCAGGGGUAUACCCUGGAGAAAAAGAUUUCUCGGAUGUUCCAAGAUCUCAGUCCUGUAGAGUGUUCUGUUCUGGUUUGGUCAUCUGCUACUGACAUUAUGUCUUACUUGAAAGGGCUUAUUAAGAAAUAA